AUGGCGCGCCCAAUUCAAACAAAUAAUGCCAUCAUUUCGGCCUGCGAUAGGAGACACGCUCCUCACUGUCUUUUUAUUUUCAUCGCUGAAUCCGACAACCUCAUUAUUCUCACAUUGACGCGAAAUGAUCCAGACAACCCGAAUUGUCACCGGCACCUGCACAAUCAAUUCUGUCUGUGUCGCAACCACCGCAUCCAUCUCCUUCAACUCGAAAUCACCGCCGAGUCUGGAUCGGGUCAUCUCCGCCUCUUACCACCGGCAGAGCGUGUCAUGAGGAGGAUAUCUCGUGUUUCUAGAGAUUCGCCAACUCCUUUACCCUCACUCACGGCUCAAGAGUUAUUCCCUCGUUCCGAACCCUCACUGAUCCCACAUUCUAAUGUCCGUCUCGAGGGCACCAUGUCUGAAGUUGACGGGAUGCUUAAGGAGCAGAACCACCAGGAUGGGGUUCGUCCUACCACCGGCAGAGUCGUCAGUGCCUCGAUGCUGCACUCAGUCAUGUCCAACUCAGACAAUUCCUCCACUUCCUCCGACGCCGCACCUUGGUCCUCGGCUAUUGGUCAUGCAGGUACGGGCAAAUCGGGUAGAGUGAUCGAGCGACUGCAAGGAGACAUUGACAAAUUGCGGCGUGAGAAACAAGUGCUAAAGAUGCGUCACGAGGAGGCAGAGAAGGCGAAAGAAACACUGCUGGCACGGAACCAGUCGCUGGAAGAUCGAAACAGCAACUAUGAGCAAUCUCACGAGGCUAACGAACGACAAUUGGCACGAAGGGAAAGACAGGUCAAAGAUCUACACGACGAGCUCGCCAAAGAGAAAGCCAAAACAGCUCAAGCUCAAGCUCAGGCAGCCGCAGCAGCAGCGAAUGAGGAGGUAUGGAGGAAAGAAGCCAGUCAGGCGAAGGCUCUAGCUGCACAAAGAGAAGCCGAAUACGACACCAUUGUAGCCUGCCGGAAGAUGGACUACGAUCGACAGCAAAGUGGGCUGGAUAAAAUCCGAGCUCAAUUCAUUAACCUGUUACGACGCACCGAGGACGAUGUGGAGAAGCAGAGGAAGCUGGCGAUCAUCGCAGAGCAGCAACGGCAGACAAUUUCGGCUCUUGACGACCUCACCAAGAAACUGACGACGAACUUCAAAUCAUAUCGCGAAAACAUUGAUACCGCCAUCAAGGAACUAAAGGCGAAGGCGAGCACGAAUGACGAGUCGGUCAACAAGAAACUGGAUGAGAUGACCGAGGUGACAGGGCGAAUGCGAUGGGUGAUGAAUAUUGAGGAUGUUGUGAAUCAUGGCCAGCAUGUUAAAGUUCCUCAACAGAGCCAGCCUUCAAUCAAUGGCCACAUUGAAACUUCAGAUCAGCGCAGUGAAAAGUCAGGCAGGAGGAGUCCUACCAAGCUGAUCAAGCACAGACGGAAAGACUCGAUCAAGGUGUCAAAAUGAGAGUGACUAGCGAGUUGAUACCGAGCUUAACUGAACCCCCGACCUGGAUUGACGACGACUAUACGACGUGACGAACACAUACUGGGCAUGGAAACGGGCUUGAGCCUAGAGCAUAGACCUAGGCGCAUAAUGCAUAUUCCUAUCUCCUCGACCCCAAGGGUUUUGACAGAGUGCUUCUGAUGAUACAGUAUAAUACUAAAUUGAU